AUGGAGCAGAUCCUCCUGGAAGCUCUGUCAAGGCGUAUGGAUGGCAGGGAGGUGAUGCGGGAGAGCCAGCAUGGCUUCACCAAGGGCAAAUCGUGCCUGACCAAGCUGGUGGCCUUCUGCGAUGGAGGGACCAUGCUGGUGGAUAAGGGAAGAGCAGCUGAUGUCAUCUGUCUUGACUGCUGUAAGGCUUUUGACACGGUCUCACACAACGUCCUUGUCACUAAAUUGGAGAGAGAUGGGGACCUGACGGAGAACCCCCUGACAACCCUCCCCAACAGCUCCUUCCUGGGCUUCACCCACCUGCAGCACCUCGCGGUGCCGCUGGCGCUGGAGUGCCCGGGCGGGAGCAGCGCCUGGGAGGAGGUGACGACGCAUGGGAGCAGCCGGCUCUGCCAGGGCCAGAGGAACCCCUGCAACGGCUCCGGGGAGCUCGCCUGGCUGUGCCCUGAGAACGCUGCCUGUGCCCCGGACGGCCCCGGCCUUGUCCAGUGCCUCUGAAACAGCCCCUUCCACGGCUACAAGUGCCUGCGCGAGGGCACAUUCCCCGUGCUGCUCUUCUGCGGGAUCCUGGGAGCCGUCACCCUGGCCCUGUCUCUCCUGCUGUGGGGCACCCAGCGCAGGAAAGCCAAGACCCCCUGA